UACGUGAGAAAUGUCAGAAAUGUGUAAUGGCGGAACAAACGCAAGCUGUCAAAGCGCUAACGAAGUAUGUUGCAUCGACAUAGAUCGUAUUCUAUUGCUGUAAAUUAAACGACACGACGAGCAAGCUGCAAACUGCGUUGUGUGUUUUGAAGUUAUCGGUUAUUUGUAAAACUCGUCCAAUUUUCUAUCACGACAUGAUGAUGAAUAAUCGCAGGCGGAUCAACAACUUUACAUAUGUCAGCUCAUGCGUGAAAUACAUGAUUUUCAUGCUGAAUUUUGUCUUCUGGUUGUUCGGAGGUCUGUUAAUUGGAGUAGGUCUUUAUGCGUUUGUCGACAAAUGGCAAGCAACCGGAUCUGUCAGAGUGGAGAAUGUUUAUGACGUGGUCUUGAAUAUAUCCCUUGUGAUGUUAAUAGCUGGUGCAGUGGUGUUCAUAGUUAGCUUUGCAGGAUGUGUAGGAGCUCUUCGUGAGAAUACAUGCCUUCUUAAAUUUUAUUCUUUGUGUCUUCUGGUGUUUUUCCUUCUGGAAAUGGGUGUGGCAAUAGUUGGUUUUGUAUUCCCGCAAACACUGCAGUCUCUCUUGGAAGAAUCUUUUACAGACAAAAUAAUCCAGACGUACAGAGAAGAUCCAGAUCUUCAGAAUUUUAUCGAUUUCGGACAACAAGAAUUCAAAUGUUGCGGCUUGAGUCAAGAAGGAUAUUUGGAUUGGGGAAAGAAUGAAUAUUUUAACUGCACUAGCCCCAGUGUAGAGCGUUGUGGUGUACCAUUUUCAUGUUGCAUGAAUGCUACUGAUAUAUCUAGUGGACUUGUGAACAUAAUGUGCGGCUAUAAGGUCCAAAUGCUGCCUGUAUCGGAAGCGAGUAAAAAGGUGUGGACCAGUGGGUGCAUCGAAAUCGUGCGUAGCUGGGCCGAGCGCAAUCUGUACACGAUAGCCGGCAUUGCUCUGGGUAUUGCGCUGAGUCAGUUGUUUGUGAUCUAUCUCGCGAAAACAUUGGAAGGUCAGAUUGAGCUGCAACGGUCUCGCUGGCAUUCCUGAGCUUGACUUCAGGCCACCUACCGAUAUCAGAUACAUUCUCCGGCCAGCAGGCAGGUGGCCAGCGGCGGCCGAUCGCGCGACUCACAGGAAACAGAGACAAAUAUAAACGCGCGAAUGGCAUUGCUCGUACUCUUCGCAAUCUUUUUAUACAUACUGUGCAUUCUGUUCUUUAUCAAGUUCGUCCUUUACUUCAAAAAUUAUUUCCAUCUGUAUGUGAGCAAAGGAUAAUAAUUGACGAAUCGUCUUCGUCUGCUAAUGCAGGAAGUAUCUUUGCGAUCAAACUCUCAAUAAAUAUUUUAGAGAUUAAGUACACAGGGUGCAAAAAUAAUGUGUCUUGCGCGUUUACGAUCAUAAAUUUUUUUGUAACGCUCAAGGAGCUUAUUGUUUUGCUUAUAUAAAUUGUAAUUCAUUGCAUUAUGCACUACUUUGUGUUUGCAAAGAAUCAGCGAGUUAUGUGUCGCAAAAUCAUAUUGUUGCGGUCGGUUGUUUUAAUACUCAUAAAUUUACGAGUUAACAAUAACAGUGUUUUAAAAAAGUAACAAAACUAUUAUGUAUCAAUUAUGUGUGAAAUUAAAUCGGAAACGCGAAAUCAUAACUCAGACACGUUUCAACGACAUGUGAUACAGCUCGACUAAGCUGUUGCUAACACGGCUGCUAAUUGUCAGCCAAGCGAAUCUCCUUGUAAUGGGAACGACUCGCCGUUGCAAAAUCGCACACCGCAACAAUAUGUUUGCAAUUGUUGUUUUACAAGACACAAUUGAUGUACUCGAUGGUACAUGGGACUAGUAACUUAAAUGCGCUAAAGCAGAGGCAUUCACGUAAUGAGCUCUGUAUAUAUUUUUAGUUGGCAUUGUGCUACGAAUAUGCGAUAUUCUAAGAAAAAUCUCAGAAUUUUUUGUUUUAAGUAUAAUACGAAUUUUUUUCAAUAAUUUUUUUAUUUUAUUUUAUGUUGAGAAUAUAGUUAUACAUUUUUUUAUAUGAUAUAUAAUACAUUUCUUUCAUUCCAUUGCGACUUAAUUUUGACAGAGAAUAAUUCGCAUAAUUAAUGUAUUCACACAGAGAUCUGAUAUUAUCUAACUGAUGCGAAAGUUCUCAGCACACUGGCACAAAUAGUUUUUAUAGUCGUAUACGUAUACUAUUAAUAAAAAUAAUGUACAAGUUUUUUUGUAUAAAAAUUUGAGAUAACGCCGAAAGUCAUCUCAACUUUUAGCACA